GGAACUGAUGAACAGAGGAAAGCAGGAAGUUGCAUUUUAACAGAUAGUUUAAAAUUAUUUUUGGUACAUUUUUACGUAUUGUAGAGUACAAAACAAUCUAACGAUGUUAAAUAGGCUCAUCUUCUAUCUUUCUCGAGAACCCGAAACUUAAUUGAACAGUAACAGUUUCGCUUUCUAUUCGUCCAAAGUGACCUCACGUCUUCGUCUCACUUCCAUACGUCAAGAUGGCAGCGCAAAGUGAUCGCGGUGUGCCUCUCAGUACGCUUUGUCCCAAGUAUCUUCACACAAACUCCACCAGCCACACCUGGCCCUUCGGUGCCAUAGCCGAGCUCAUAGACAAUGCCUACGAUCCAGAUGUCAACGCCAAACAGUUCUGGAUUGAUAAGACUGUGGUUAAAGGACAAGAAUGCCUCAUCUUUAUGGAUAAUGGAAAUGGACUGGACCAGGAAGCAAUGCACAAGAUGCUCAGCUUUGGGUACAGUGACAAGAAACCUUUAAAUGGUGUACAACCAAUUGGUACUUAUGGCAACGGUUUCAAGUCUGGAUCCAUGCGUCUUGGCAGAGAUGCCAUCGUUUUCUCCAAGUCAAAGAGCGCCACGUGCAUUGGGAUGCUCUCUCAGACCUACCUGGAAAAGAUUAAUGCUACACAAAUAAGUGUACCUAUUAUCUGCUUUGAACAGGGAGAAACUAACGACUUAAGUGUGAGACAGGAGCACAAAGCCAGUCUGCAGGACAUUAUGCGAUUUUCCCCCUUCAAGACAGUGAACGAACUGCUACUUGAGGUCAACGCCAUCAUUUGUCCCGGGUCCGAAGAGACAACUGGCACGCGGAUCAUCAUCUGGAAUCUCCGCAGAACAUCUGAAACAACGGAGUUUGACUUUGAAACGGAUCGUUACGAUAUCCGAAUUCCAUCUGGUGUCUGCGAUGAGAUGAAAGACACAAGCGUCAUGUCGUGCAUCCCUGAGAGUUUUUAUUCACUGCGGGCGUACUGCAGUAUUCUCUACCUGAAGCCUCGGAUGCAGGUCAUUAUACGUGGCCAGAAGGUGAGAGCUCAGCUCAUUGACAAGAAUCUGGCUUACAGCAGAAAGGACGGCUACAAGCCCACUUUCCUGAAUAAACGCAUUCGUAUCACUUUUGGUUAUAACACCAAAAGUAAAGACCAGUACGGCGUUAUGAUGUAUCACAAGAAUCGGCUCAUAAAGGCCUAUGAACGAGUAGGCUGCCAGCUGAAGGCCAACUACAAAGGUGUUGGGGUCAUCGGGGUCAUAGAGUGUAACUUUCUGAAUCCUACACACAACAAACAGAGCUUCGAUGAAACAGAUAAGUACAGGAAAACUAUGAACAGUUUGGCGAUCAAACUGGAGGAAUACUGGCAGGAAAUCCGGCACAAGAGAAAGCAAGAGGAUCCAAACAGUAUACCAGUGGAAGAUACAAUAAAGCGACCAGAUCAGAACUGGGCACAGUGUGAUGACUGUUUGAAAUGGCGCAAACUCCCUGAUGGGAUCGACUGCAGCAAGCUGCCAGAUAAAUGGUACUGCCGUAUGAACCCUGAUCCUCAGUUCAGGAGCUGCCAGGUAGAGGAGGAGCCUGAGGACGAUGAUGAGGAACCUUCAUACCAGAAGACCUAUAAGCAACAAGAGAGGGAGGACAAAAAGAAUAAAGAGAAGGAAAGACUGAAGGCUGAGGAGGAUAGAAAGCGUCAAGAAAAGCAUGUGGCUGAUCUCGUCAGGGAAAACCAGGACCUGAAACGAAAGCUGUAUCCAGUACCGGCCCCUUCCAUGUCUCGCAGCCCUACCUUAAAGGGUAUGAUUUACAGGAAGACACCAGAAAAGAGAACUGUUAGGCCUAAGUCCUCCUCCAUUUCACAAGCUGCUUGCAGUCCAUCCAGUAGCAAAAUUACUCCAGUUAUUUCUGAUGUGCGCUCACUGUCGGCACGCUCCCCCAGGGGGAAAAGAACACAACCUGCGACUCUGCAAAGAACCCCUAAAAGACCUAAAGUUAAUGGGUGCCAUUCAGGUACCACAGGCACAUCCACAUCAGUGGAUGUGAGUCCACUGAGCUCAUCAGUGCCUAUUUAUGAUGGUGAUGAUACUGAUGAUGAGAUUUUCAUCUUGGAGACUGCCAGUACACCCAAGCCACAAAGGCCAAGCUUUGAGUUGACUAAAAUAAAGACAGAGGAAGAACAAAGUGACAUCAGCAUCCCAAUGGAGGCUACAGAUGAUGUUGCCCCGGAAGCCAUGUUGGAGACAAACGGUGCAGGUACGAGUCCUGCAGGGUCGGCAGCUGUGGAAACCAGUCCCUCUCCAGCAUCCCCUGCGGAGAUGACCAGUUCCACCACCCAGACAGAGUUCCCCAAAGUGAAGAAGGAAGAGAACUUAAGUCAAACUAUAGGGGAGACUUUGCAGACAGGAGAGACAUAUCCUGUGGAAAAUGAAGAUGAUGCUGGACCUUCCUGUGCAGAUGCCUGGGAUAAGAGAGACUCUCCGACUAUUUAUCCCAAUAUGAUGGAGGUACAGGAACAGCAAGACCAGCUCCUAGAGCUCAUGCAGGCUACAGCUCAAGAGAGAGACUCCUUUAAAGAGCAGGUCCGUAAACUUACCUCCCAACUGCAGGAUGCACAGAACAGACUGCAGGAGGUGUCUCAGAUCAGUGUAAAGAAGACAUAUCAUCACCAGGCCAGCCAGACAGAGGAAACCCAGGAAGAGAAGGACUACAAAAGUCUGUUUGAGAGGGCCAAAGAGAAAGUUGCUGAAUUGAUUAAGGACAAAGAGUCUUUGCUGGCAACCACUGAGAGCAAGUCCAGUGCUGUCCAAAGUGAGGAAAAGGACAUUGAUGAGAUUGCGCUGCAAGUUGACCGUCUAGUCCGGGAACUGGAUCAGAGAAACAAGGAAAGGGAUGAACUGCGUUCACAGCUGGACAGUCUGGAGGAGGAAAGGACAAAUCUGGCAACCCGGUGUGAAGAGCUCAAGUUGAGCCUGCAGCAGCAAAGAGAAAACACAGAAAUAGGAAGCACAACUCCACACAGAGCCACUGAUUCUUCUGGACACACAGAUCCAGACAGGGCAGAAGCUUCAUCCAAAAGUUUGAUCGAGCUUCGUCAAAGCAUCGGGCGCCUUCUUGUCUCUUUUGUGCCUGCACUGGACCUGGGCCAAGUGAAUUAUGAGUGUAACGUAAUUGAUGAGAUCCUUGAACAGGUUCUCACCAGUUUGGAGACUGAGUCACAAGAUGAGCUGAACAAGUAAAUAAACAAAUCCUGAGAGCUGGAUUUAAAUGAAAAAUUGACCAGAGUUUAUGGGGACGUCCAAUCAGCAUUGAUGGUAAAUGCUGUCAACUGAAGAUACAAGAUAGGUUUACAUGUUUACAUGUUACAGGUUUACACGUCUACAUGUACCAGCAUGCAUUGUGCAUGAGUUUUUGAUGCCCACGUUGGCAUUGUGUAGCAAUCCUGCUGCAGGGUUCCAAUGAAGGUUACACAAUAUUGCCAAACAACUGAAUCUGGAUUUGGCAACCUGAGGAUCACGGAGCAGAAUGGACUGGGACCAUACGGACAUUAUGACAGAGACAAAGAGACCAAAAGGUUGUUAAUGGGGGAAGCUAAGAAGAGAAAAGGUGGGGAUGACUGAACCAGAUGUUGAUUCAAUGGUUACAGAUAACUUUAAAAAUAGUCCAAAAGAGAUUGAGUUAAACAGGAAUACAAGUGUGCUGUCUGUGUCUUUAUUCUGACAAAUCUUUAUGGUAGCCCGACAUUAUGCUUUUAUCUUUAAUUUGAAAUCUUGCGUCAUGUGUCUUUAUUUUUAAGUUCUCAAAAAAACAUUCCUGCGGCUCUGUGUUAAUGCGGUUGAAAUCAUCGCUGAAUCUCAUGACAGAGAUGUUUCUAAUUGUUGGAUAGUCAAAUGGAUAAAAAAAAAUAUAAUCUUUAUCUGACGUUUACCAUCAACACUGAUUGAACAGUGAAAGUGGGAUUCUCUUAAUGUGUGGUAUUCCACUCAUAAAUAAUGUCUGCAGAUUCCUUUGAGCGUAUGACACUUAAGUUGUAUUUAUUUGAAGGUGUGUACAUAUUUACAGAUUUUAUACUGAUAUACAGCAAAUAUGGUUUCAGCAAAUUUCUUUAGCUUAUCUUAUCUUAACGUAUAAUCACAGCAUAUAUAAGUUAACUUUUUGGGUGGGAUCAUGCAAGUAAUCAAUUUAUCAGUUAGAUGUUUUUAGACGUGAUUGAUCUGCUCUUACCACUCACUAUAUUGCCUUUUGUUCCACAGCACAGUAAGGUAUGUGACUCCGAUCUGGUUCUGUUUCACAAUGACGGCUGAAUGUUUCCUCUUUGGUUUGUUUCAAAGCAUAUUUUGUGUAGAUUCUGUAUCUUAUAUUUUUGAUUUAUCAUCGUUGCUCUUUGAUUAAAUACUUUAAAUAUUCUAUGGAG